AUGUCAUUGCAAGUGCCGAUCCGUCGGCUCGACGAGGACUGGACAGGGAUUACAGAUCCUGCUCUGCGCAAGAAGCUGCAGAAUAAACUCAACCAGCGUGCUUUGCGGCCGCGACAGUCUCCACCAACCACCCUCCAAGAUGCUGUAGCAAUGAUGACGCGCUUCAGCGCCGCAGCCCGUGAGAGAUACUAUGCCGCUGAUCCAUGUCUAGACCAACUAUUCACCUUGUCCAAAUUCAACGUGCUUCGCGCAUUCGUGGAUAACAUGGCAUCUCUCGGACUAAGCAUCGAGGCCAUGGGAGACGACGUCAUCUCUCCAUUCAGUACUGAUAUGCCAAGCAACCAUAACAAAGAAAUCGUCCCAGCUAGUCUCUUUCCUACCACCACUCAAUGCUCUAUUCCUCAUCAUCCCUGGCUAGAUUGUUUUCCGGUCCCGCGAAUGCGGGAUAAUCUUGUCAAGGCCGCGGAGUCAUUCAACGAUUGUGAGCUGUGUACGGAUAUCAUGGAUCCCACUAAUGGUGAUAUUGGCAUCAUGGUCUGGGGUGACCCGUGGCUUCCGCAGAAUUGGGAAGUCUCGCAGUUGUUUGUUCAAAAAUGGUCUUGGGUUAUCAGGGGGUGUCCUGAGGUCUUGGUGCAUAGUAAUUACUGGAGGGCCAGACGAGGUUUGAAGAAGCUUACAGUGAGUUCUGUUUAA